UAAUCGCGCUUUGUACGGCCAACAUGUCGGCACCCAUGGAGGUUGUGUUAUCAGCCGAUUCGGCUGGUCAGCUUUGGAACUGCGCGGUUUUCGACCCUCACACUGGAACGAACCUCUUAUCCUACCGAGGGGGAAACUCGUCUGCCCGCUCAUUAACCGUCCUGAGCGGAGAGUACAUCCUGGGAGCUCAGCUGGGGAAGAACUUCAUCAACGUGUGGGAGAUACAAAGAAAGGAUCAGCUGCAGCAGAAAAUUGUGUGUCCUGGGAUUGUAACCUGCCUAACGGCAUCUCCCAACGGCCUCUAUGUGCUGGCAGGCAUUGCUGAAGCUAUAUACCUGUGGGAGGUCUCAACAGGAAACCUGCUGGUUAUUUUGAAUCGACACUAUCAAGACUUGAGCUGUCUGCGUUUCACGGAUGACAGCAGCCAUUUUGUGUCAGGAGGAAAGGACAAUCUAGCACUUGUGUGGAAUCUUGCCAGUGUUGUGCAGCUGGAUUCAUCUCGCACCCCUGAGCCUCGACACGUAUUAUCCCGUCACACUCUGCCCAUCACGGACAUCCACUGCGGUCUAAUGGGGCCUCAGGCCAGAGUAGCUACUGCAUCCAUAGACCAAACUGUUAAGCUGUGGGAAAUUUCCUCUGGAGAGAUGCUUCUGUCUGUCCUUUUUGAUGUCAGCAUCAUGUCCGUGACUCUUGACCCCUGCGAGUACUUUGUGUUCUGCGGAGGAAGUGAUGGAAGUAUCUUUCAGGUGUCCCUCUGCAGCACGACUUUAAGCCGGGAUAAGACCUUCCAGUCGGACAGUGAAGGCAAUCAGGUCUUCAAAGGCCACAGGAACCUGGUGAUGUGUCUCUCCGUGUCCAUGGACGGCACACUGCUGCUGUCAGGUUCCCACGAUGAAACGGUCAGGAUGUGGGACAUUCAGAGCAAGCAGUGUAUCCGCUGCAUCAACCACAAAGGUCAGGUCACCAACGCUGUCAUCAUUCCUGCUCCUGCCAACAUGUUCCUCCCGGAUAGCCGGCCUGCUGUGCCGCUGCCACGCUUCAGCCGCCACCUCAACCCUUCUGAGCAGGGCGAGGGAACCGGAACGGGAGGAGCGUGUCUGAGACUGGGCAACAACUGCCAGGACCCAGAGGAGACCUAUCUGGAGAAGGCAGACCGUCUCCAUUCUCUUAUGUGUGCUGUCACAGACAAGAGUGUGUUCGGUGAUGGAGAGAAUACGAAGGUUCGCGUAUCUGAGUUGGAAGAAGAGGUGAGGACCCUGAAGAAAAUCAACAAAGACCUGUAUGAGUUCUCCACGCAGCUCCUUACCAAGCCUAAUUAGGACCUUCAUGAGAUGCCUUUGUUUUAGCAGAGAUGAGCUGUACCAUGUUGGAAGGUGGACAUCCAUGAAUAAAAAAGGGACUUUAAUUAAUUAUUCAUUCACAAACAGUAUGAAAAUCAUUAGUUUCACAAUUUUGUGUUGUUUGAGACGGCACCCCUUUUUUAUGCUCAGAAUAGUCACUUAAUUUGAGUCCAACAGAUUUUGUAUAAUGUUAUGUAUUAAUAGAGGAUAGGCAGCACUUGAAGCCUCCGACCUGCUUUUUACAGCUGGACACUUUUUCAUCUGUGUUAUGUUCAAAAUAUAAAGCUAAUGUUAGCUAACACACACGGUCGUAUGCAGACGUUUGGGUCAAAUUACAUGUUUUAUUGGUUUUCUAGGUAAAACAAUAAGAACACAUCCUCUUCAUAGAUCACAGUUCUACACAUUUGAAUGCAGUUACUGUUUAUUGGCUGAAUUAAACUUAUUGGAGAAAAAAUAUAAAAUGUGGCUUGUGCAAAAGUUAUGGCACAUGUUCGGUUUUAUUUUUUCCAAUAUUUUCACUUAGAAAAUCAAUGAAAUGCACUUUGACUGGAGGUAUUCUGCAUAUGUCUGUACAUUUCAGACAUUUUUUAUUGUCACUGUUGAAAAUGCAAUGUGCAGUAUGUUUGUUUUUAUUUUUUUUUUGCAGUUAUCAAUAUAAAUUUAUUUUUAAGCUUCAAGAUUCAGGCCAGGUUUGAUGCUGUACUUUGGAGUAGAUUGUAUAAAAACUCACACAAAAAAGUUACACUUAUUAAUUAAUAAGGCAAGAAAUAAUCACUUGGGCUUUUUGACUGUUCUCAUUUUUUUUUUAAUCUGAUUUUCAUCCAUUUCACCUGUUUGCAUCAUCUUAAUCUACAGGUUGUGCUCUGAGACCUUCCCCUUUGUCCACUAUGCUCUUACAGUCUCUGUUCUCCUUUUGAGACUAUAGGCUAUUUAGUCAAAUCACAGCAAGAAAGUAGAAUAGAGUGGUUUUUUUUCCCCUAUGUCUUAAUUUUUUUAUGUCUGACUUCACCCAAACAGUGCAAGUGGGAAUGACUUCCCUCUCUUUGAUCUGAACCUUCACUGCCUCUGACUUUACUCUGGUUGUGUGCUGGGUGCAGUGCUUCGUAAACAUCAUCUUGUGCAUCUUGGCUUACUUGCCCGAAAAUGGAUAUUCCUCUGCGAGAGUUGUCAAGUCAUUCCCCCUCUUUCGUUGCUGUUAAGCCGCCCUCUGUGUGACCUGUACAAACAUUUUUCUGUAGUGUGCUGUUUCUCCUGAAGCAACAUAUCUCAAACAACCUCAUUUGUGGGAAAAACAAACAUUCUUUUUUUUUUUCUGCCUCCAAAAAAAUAAAUAAAAAAAUCAACAUUCUGCAGGCACACUAUUCCAAACGGAGGCAGGGCUUGAUUUUUAUCUGGUUAACUCAUUUAGGUUCUGUGAUGGAGAUCUGAAAUGUCUCGGGUCUCGUCAUCUUAAGCAGAGGGAAGAGGACUGAUAACCGGCGCCUCCUCUCAACACUUCCCCUUUGAAGAAUGUUCUGUUUCAGCUGCUCCCGUUGGCGAGACAGGGAAACGGUUUUACGUGCGCACACAUUGUGCUCAAGAUCAUUCUCUCACCUCUGUCGGGUUAGGCUGUGGAUGUUUGCUGAGGAUUAACUAGCAGUAUGUGUAACGGGGGGGUUGUAGGCGAGGGAGGGGCUGUGGUGUCAGAUCAUUGUUUGAUCAGCUGGAACUGUUUUUUUUUCUCCCCCCAUCAGAUAAUAAAACUUCUCUUUGCAUUUCUUA